CUCCCAGGCAGGUAACUAACGAAACACAGCACAUGGAACAACUCCAUCUGCCUACAGCAGAUCUACAGAGACGCGGAAGCAUGAGCAGGUUUCAUCUAUCUUGCUCGGUGUAGUAUAAAACACCGAGCACUUUCGAGGGGGACAGAGUUUCUGGCGCACCACGAGGUCACUCAAUCUGCAACGCCGGGAUGGAACGAUACAAGCUCUCUGUUUUUGUCAAGGCGAUCGCGUUGAUGGCGAUCAGUCUGGCUGUUGUACUAGAUGAUACUGCCGACAUGUUUAUUGGUGUCGCAUACCCGGAGCUGUGGAGGAAAGCGGGACUGGCAGGUGUACCAGCCCGUGCUGCUGCCUGCAUCCUCGCCGGGGUGUCCUUACUGGCCUUAGGCUGGCUCUACAGGCUGAUAUUCGCUCCCCUGGAGCUGCUCCGGACGGCCGACGAAGUAGGGUAUAUUGCAGAAGAUGGUCGUUCGCGCGCCCAGACUGCCAAUGAAGUGCGUAGGCGACGGAAGACAGGGGAGCUACCACCAAUCUACCCGAACGGCUGGUAUCGAGUGGUGGACUCACACACGCUAGAACGGGGCGACGUUAAGAAUGUCACAUUACUUGGUCAGCAGGUGGCAGUGUUUCGCUCUGAGGACGGCGUGGCCUACGUGGUGGAUGCCUAUUGCCCGCACCUGGGUGCCAACCUGGCGGUCGGUGGGCGAGUCGUCGGGGGCUGCAUUGAGUGCCCCUUCCACGGCUGGCAGUUCCGUGGCACGGACGGGAAAUGUGUGAAGAUCCCUUAUGCUGACAAAGUGCCGGAGUUUGCAAAGGUGCGUUGCUGGCCCACCCGGGAGGUAAACGGACUGGUACUGGUGUGGUUCCACUGUGACGGUACCGAGCCCAGCUGGACUGUUCCGGAACAGGUGGAGAUCACACGCGGGGAAUGGGUGUACCGUGGCCGCACUGAGCACUUCAUCAACGCGCACAUCGAGGAGAUUCCCGAGAAUGCAGCUGACAUCGCCCACCUGGCACACCUGCACACACCGGGCAUCGUCAGCGGCGUGGACCUUCGCUACACCAACAGCAAGACCUGGGAGUUUAUCCGUCACGACUGGAAAGUGGACUGGAAGCCGGAGCCAGAGCCCACCCUGCACUGUUCUGAGAUGCUGGUGAAACACGCGCUCACUGUGUUCGGCCGGCGGUGGCCACUGCUGGACGUGGAUGUGGUGGCUAGACAGGUGGGACCAGGUGUGGUUUUCCUUCUCUUUGACCACAGUUUCCUGGGUCAUGGGCUGAUCAUGCACUGUGUGACCCCAGUGGAGCCCCUCCUCCAGUGUGUCACUCACACCAUCUUCUAUCAGAACAACAUCCCGCCGCUGGUGCCCAAAUUCAUCCUGUGGGCUGAAUGCAUCCAGUUUGAGCGGGACGUGAUGAUUUGGAACAAUAAGACGUACAUCUCCAGGCCCAUGCUCGUGAAGGAGGACUCCGCCAUUCAGAGGCACCGCCGCUGGUUCAGUCAGUUCUACAGCGAGAACAGCCCGCGACUGCGCUACCAGCAUGACACGCUGGACUGGUGACCUUUCACCCCGGCCGGGAGACGGAGAGACGGGGCGCAGGCUGGGACGGCGGGCAGGGAGGGAUGGUGAGAGGGAAAGAGGGAAAGGAUGUUCAGCUAUGUAGCUAAGAGAGGGAGAAGUGGGGCCGGGGGAGAAAACGGAAGUGGAUUUGCACUUAGUUUUGCCUUUAGUUGUCAUCGGGGAGCCAACAUGACAUUUUCCACUUUCCUGCAAGGAGAGUUUUUAACUUUUUCUUCUUUUUAAUGGGGGUUUCUCAUCAUCCCAAGAGCAAAUAAUUUUUUAAUAUCUGUCAAUAACAUAACUGCGAAGUGUUGCACUAGGACAUCUUUCCUGGCCCUGUGAGUUUGAGUUUUAGCCAGCGGUACUUUCAUAAUUCUUCGUAAAGGAGACACCGCCUUAGUAAAGCCUCGUGACAGCACCUUCGGAGAGCCAUAUCAAGGGCAAUUUCACUGACUGAGUUAGAGGAACAGAGGGAUGG